AUGGACAUUAACCUUGGGCAUUACUUUCAAGCCAGCUGCAACGCGCACGACUUUGCCGACGCCUUCGAGACUGCCCUUUACCGGGACACCGAGGACACCGAGCUGUGCAUGGAACUCAUGCAACGCGACCCCGAGCUCGCCUUUCGGGACUGCGUGCUUCUGCAGGAUGACGCCUACAUCGUCCACGACCGGCGCUUCGCCGCCUCGCCGCACCGCGCGCGCGGCGAGUCCCUGCUCACCGCCGGGGUGUUCCUCCAGGCGGUCGCCGGCCGCGAACCCCUCGACCGGCUCCGGCUGGCGCUCAACCUCGUCGCCUGGCAGCGGUCGUGGUGGGACAUGGUGGAAACCGACAUUGUCGCGGACGUGGUGCAGUUCUGGGCGUGGCACGACCAGCUCAUGAACCGGUACCGGCUGGUGACGCGCGUCGUCCGCGCGGUCAACACCGACUACUUCCCGGACGCGGAGCGCUGGCCCCGCGAGGACGGCGGCGUGGAGUGGCGUCCGGAACUCGUGACCAUCAGCCUCGUCAAGGCGCCGACGGUGUACUGGGAGCCGGAGCGGCUGCUGACCGACACGGAGCUGGACGAGCUGCCGGCGCAGCUGCGGAUGCAGGUCAAGCUGCGGUCGUGGGUGGGGUGGACCAGGAUAGUAGGCAGCUUGGAUGAUGAUGAGCUGGAACAGGUCUCGAUCGUCUUGGAAGAGAUGGGUGUCGAGCUCCGCUAUGCGCGAGUGUAA